AUGAAUCCUAUAGACGAUAAGAAGGAAACAGUGACAUUUCGAGCAGUAAGCCACGACGAAGAAGGAAAAACAAAGGUAACAAAACACGAAGUAAACACACACAACAUCGAAACCCUAAAACACAUAGAGAAAAAACUCAUAGACAAAGGCAUACACAGAAAAGACCGACAUCCAAUAGAUGGAAUUCCUUUAACAAAACAGUCAAAAUCAGGGCAUGGUGGGAAGUUUACAUGGGAAGGACCAUUGGCUAUAGAUGAAAAUGAAAUGGAUGCUGUACCAGUGGCUAUAGAUGAAAAUGAUCCAAAUUAUGUAGAUGAGGAAGAAGAAAGGAGGAUAUUAAGAGGAGAAGUUAGUGGAGUUGAAGGUUUGGUUAUUGGAGAAAUUGAUGUGGCUAAAGUUGCAAAUAAUGAAGGUGUGGGAAGAGUUGAUGUUGUUGAUCCUGUUUUGCGAACUAAUAUGUAA